GGGAGCACGAGACUCAGGGCACUCCACGCGUUUUUCACAUCGUGUGCAUCACAAGUCUUUGAGAGCCGCGGCCGAUCAGUUUUUCCUCGGAAGAACAAGUUUUCAGCAUCCAUUGGUAUCAAGCAUAGUGUACUGACGCGCGGCGUAAUGGCACUUUUCGGUUCAUCGAUUGCGAUCGUUUUCAUCGUCGUGGUCGCUUAUGCGGCUGCCGGACCCGUUCAGGCUGGACCGAACAUGCUGCAACAAAAUGAAUAUGGGGGAUUGGCGGACCUUUUGGCAAGAUACUGGGAGGAUCGAAGUACGGCCAAUCGCAAUAUAAACGGUGUCGGAGGAGGCCAUCUGUUGCGACAGGGACGUCGAGAGCUGGAUUCGUUAUCUGGAGCAACUUUCGGUGAAAGCAAGAGGUUUAUACCUUUCAGGCGACCCACCAUGAUAAACGUACGGACUAGAAAUUUUGACGAGAUCGACCGAUCGCCGUUUGACCAUUUCUCAAAGAGGAACAUCGACGAGAUCGAUACCGCAUUCGAUAGCUUCUUCAAGCGGAACUUCGAUGAGAUUGAUCGAGCUAGUUGGGACGGAUUCGUCAAGAGGUUCAAUAAUUAUCUGGCAGAUAGACAGCGACGUUAAUUGACGCAAGAUAGAAGGAGUGAGAAUAGCGAGAUAAAGGGCAUAGAAAGGGCAAAGAGCAAAAAAGGCCGUAACGAGAAACAUCACAGAACAUGCGAAUUGUAUACAUUUGCUCUGUUUACUUUAAUCUACGUAAAAAUAUUUGGGAAAAUAUUCGACAUAAAUUAAGAUCAUCUCUUUGCCGUUGCUAUUCCUUAUUGACUUAUUACAUCUGUCAAACUUACAUCAAAACUCAUUACAUCGAAUUUAUUACAUUGUGAAACCGAUCGUGAUAUUAUUUUUCAAGCAAAGUGGUAAGACACUUUUGGGCUGACCAAAUUGUUUGACCAAAUCUUUUCUUUUCUCGAUACAUCAGAAAAUUAUUAAAUAUACUUUCAAAUUCUAGAGAAUGAACUAAGAAAAGUGAUAAUUAUUUUACUUGAAAUAUUAUGCAUGUAUAAUAUUGAAGUAUUGCAGAAUUUUGUUUUAAAAAUGGAAAUAUGCUUCUCAAUAAAAUUAAAGGAUCAUUUAAAAUCAGUGGUAAAAAUGACCGAAUUUAAAGCAAGAUAUCUUUGUGAAAAUGAUCAUACAGCGAUGUAAAAAGCGUUUAAAAAAAGCGUUUUAAAGCUUAAAGUCUCAUAUUUCGAAUGUUUCUCUUUCAAGGCAUGUUUCUCUGCAGUGAUUUCACCACAAACGAUGCUAAUAUAAAAUAAACCGUGCAAAAUUGAAAAGUAAAUUUCAACUUUGAUGGCAUGCACGGAAAGAAUAAAAAUUUUUAUCCAAAUUUUUGUAAUUGCAUCGUAACAUUUUAUAUUUCUUUUUUUAAAAUACUUUUUUAAUUACUACUUUACGUUUUUUUUCAAUGAGUUAUACCGAUUUGAAAUGAUUAGUAUAAUAAUGUAUACAGGUGUAAUAGUAUACAAGUAUGACAAUAUACAGGUGUAGUAUACACUAAUAUACAUGAACAUUAUUCAUGUUUUUAUAGAGAAAUUACCCAAAAAUGCACUACUCACUUCAAACCGUUAUAAUUCUUUAAAAAAAAUCGUAAAGUAGUGAUUAAAAAAGCAUUUAAAAAAAAAGUAUUAAAUUUUAUGAUGUAGCUAUUAAGAUUUAAAAAAAAUGUUCUUUUCAUGUACGCCAAAGUUAAAAUUUAGUCUUUAAUUUUGCACGGGUUAUUUCAAAUUAGCAUUUAUUCUAUUAAAAUCCUUGUAGAGGAACAUGCCUUAUAGCACUCAAAAAAUAAAACAUUGUGCUUUAAAACACUUUUAAACCGCACUCUGCGAGUAUUUUUUACAAUAAUACUUGAUUUUGAAUUCCGCCUUUUAACCAUUGAUUUUAAAUGAUUCUUUAAUUUUGUUGAAGAGUGUAGAUAAAGUAUCGGACAUUUUGAUUGAAUUUAAAAUAUAUUUUUUUUUACAAAAAUUACUUUUAGCUCUGAUACAUUUUUGAAAUAUUUAAUAGUAAAACUUAUUCGCAAUUAAUAAAGGCCUAUUUCAAACAUUUUGUACAAUAAGAUAAUUUGUUGCAAAGUAUUUAUUAGUUCAUCCUCGUAUAAAUUAAACAAAAUUUAAAAAUACAAAGAAAUUAUUUCUAUUUGAUUAAAAGACUCACAUAAAGCUUUCUAAAAUGCAUGAAAACAAAUAAUUAAAUAUCUUUUACUUUGAAAUGUAAUUCUUACAUAAAAUAAGUCAUAAAUUUAAUUCAAAGAAGCUCUUACUCUCGCUAUAUCUUCAAAAAUUUUUAAAUCACGCUGCAUCAUGAAAAUAAUUAACUUACAUCUAAAUAUGAAUAGCGUGUAUACAUUGUUAAUGUAAUUAAUUGUAUAUAUUAACUCGAUUCAGUGUGUGGAUCUCAGAAUUAUAUGAUGCAAAAUGGAAUACUCAAUGGAUUAAAUUUUAGGAAAUAAAGUGACAGGUACAAACAUUAUGGUAUGCCGUUCCUCUCUAAUGAAACUCAUUUUGACAGAGUUUCUAUUGAAUAAAAAUACUCAAAUAUCUUUAUGUCCAAAGCAUGAAUCAGCAAAAAGAGACACUUCUUCUCUCAUUGUAAUUUAAAAUUAAUUUUAAUUCUCGUCGCUUUAAUGAAAUUUAAUCGAUCAGAAAUUGAACAAAAUGUAUCACGUGGUUUGUCCUCUCUACUCGUGUGUGCUAUCAUUCUGCAAAAAUAUGCUGUCUAAAUAAAAAAUACGAUAAUGAAUUCUUG